GCUUCAUUCAUCAUCAUAAGCGCGCUGUGACAAAGACAUUCUUGGAAAGCAUUUUUUCAGGUUCGGAAAGUCGGAAAGUAAUUGAGAGAGAGAGAGGGAGAGAGAGAGAGAGAGACUGAGAGAGAGAUGAGUAGUAAUUUAAGUUUUAACAUGUUACCGGAAGAUUGUGUUUCGAGCAUUAUAUCUUUCACCUCUCCGACAGAUGCAUGCAAGCCGGUCUCUUCUUUCUUUAGAUUAGCUGCCGGAUCUGAUCUCGUAUGGAAAAGAUUUUUACCGUCUGAUUAUCUAAGCAUUGUUGAGGAUUCAGUCGUUCCCUUGCACUUCUCCUCCCUAAAAGAGUUGUUUUUCAGGCUUUGUGAGACGACAAUUAUAGACGGUGGUCGAAAAAGUUUUUCUCUGGACAAACUAUCUGGCAGCAAGUCUUACAUAAUCUCGGCACGAGAACUAUCCAUUUUCGGCAGCAAUGAUCCAACGCUUUGGAGUUGGAAAUCGAACCCUAAUUCAAGGUUUGCGGAGGUGGCUGAGCUUAAAACAAUAUCUGAUCUAAAAAUAUAUGGUAGGAUAAACACUGAAAUGUUAUCUCAGAAUACCAAAUAUGGUGCCUACAUUAUUAUAAAAAUACCUAGUGGUGCAUAUGGUCUUGAUGCAAUACCAUCAGAGCUAUCUAUCAAAGUGGGUGAUGAUCAUAAAGUUGCACGCACCGCAUAUCUUAGGCACAACAUUGAUGGCAAGAAAGUACAAAUGCUGCAUCUACUGUAUGGGAACCGCCUAGAAAUGCUGAAAAAGAGGGUGGUUCAAGGUGAAGAAUGUUCUGUCCAGGAGCGGAAAGAUGGAUGGUUGGAAAUCGAAUUGGGAGAAUUUUACAGUGGUGAUCACGGAAAUGAGGAAGUGAAGAUGAGUUUGGUGGAGGUGAAGGGUCGUCAACUCAAAGGAGGACUUAUUGUUGAAGGCAUUGAAGUGAGACCUAAACAUUAGCAGAGCCAUGAUGUCAUAGUUAUUCCCGUCCCUUUUUAAUUGUCACCAAAUUUGUGCCGAUUAAAUUGACCAAGUCUGAAAUUUAUUAAUA